CAUCCAUCCAUCCAUCCAUCCAUCCAUCUCAUCAUAUGAAUAUGUGCCUGUGCUUCGUGAUGAGCUCUAACUAAACAGAGAUGGGACGCUAACGUUGAGAUAUCUGGAAAAUUCAUCAGGUUUGUUGACUUCUAUCUUUCUGUCUCUCCCUCUUAUGAUGUGUUGCCAUAACUGCUAUUCAGCUUGUUGCUAUGCCAUCUGGUUUCCGUGGUGAUGUCUGGUACAGGACGACCUAGUACUGGAUGACCUUCCUUUUCUGACUGUGGUUCCAUUAUUGCAGGAUGACGGGUCCAGUGCAGGAUUCACACAGGCUUUCUGUAAAAACAUGGACAGAUGAGGAGAGUGACCAAGCUGACAGCACAAUUAGCAGGAUGAUGGGUCCAGUGCAGGAUUCACACAGGCUUUCUGUGAAAACAUGGACAGAUGAGGAGAGCGACCGAGCUGACAGCACAAUUAGCAGAGCACAGUCGAUGUGUGAUGACACUUCCUCAGAGCUUCAGAGAAUGGCGGCCAUUGACAGAAGAGAUAUUAAUUCCCAGAAUUCCUUGCAAGGGCGAGGUGCUCUGUCCAGGAUAGUUAGCAUGGUGAUGACUCUGAGAGAAUGGGCGCAGAAGAGUUUGGCUGAAGAGACGGAACGGCCAGAUUCCUUCUUGGAACGCUUCAGAGGUCCCGUCAACACGGACAUGCAAGACCCGCCCAGCAGGUUCAGCCAUACUGGCUCUGACCCAGAUCGUGAAAUCAGACGCUCCAGACACACGAGGUGGAAGUGUAAUGUCGAGGUCUUAUCACCGUCCGAUGACGCAUACUACCACUGGCUGAUGCUGAUUGGUGCUGCUGUUUUUUAUAACUGGACCCUACUGGUCGUCAGGGCCUGUUUCGAUGAGCUCCAGAUGCGGAAUGUGUUGGUGUGGCUGGUACUGGACUACAUCUGUGAUGGAGUCUAUAUCUUGGAUAUAGCUGUUCGUCUCCACACAGGUUUCUUGGAUCAAGGCUUGAUGGUGAAGGAUGUGCGGCGUCUGAGAGAAACCUACGUUCGAACCUUGCAGUGUAAAAUUGACAUUUGCUCCAUCCUUCCAACUGACCUGCUGUACCUAGCCGUUGGGAUGAGCUACACUCCUCUUCUUCGAUUCAACCGGCUACUGCGUCUGUCACGUCUGUUUGAGUGGUUUGAACGUACAGAGACACGAACGGGCUACCCCAAUGCUUUCCGCAUCUGUAAACUGGUGCUGUACAUCCUGGUGAUCAUCCACUGGAACGCCUGUGGAUACUACAGCUUCUCCAAGGUCCUGGGACUGGGCUCGGAUUCUUGGGUGUAUCCCAAUGCAUCGGAUCCUGAGUUUGGCUCCCUGACCAGAAGUUACAUCUACUGUCUGUACUGGUCCACUCUGACACUGACCACCAUUGGAGAGACCCCUCCUCCUGUUAGAGAUGAGGAAUAUUUGUUUCUGAUAUUUGACUUUCUGGUUGGGGUUCUGAUUUUUGCCUCCAUUGUGGGUAAUGUUGGAUCCAUGAUCUCCAAUAUGAAUGCCACAAGGGCAGCCUUUCAGGGCCGCGUAGACACCCUGAAGCACUACAUGCAAUUCAGGCAUGUCAGCAAGGUGCUAGAGCAGCGCGUCAUCCGCUGGUUUGACUACCUCUGGACCAAUAAGAAGACAAUAGAUGAACAGGAAGUGCUGAGGAGCCUGCCCAAUAAACUCAGAGCAGAGAUUGCCAUUAACGUUCACCUGGACACACUGAAGAAGGUGCGCAUUUUCCAGGACUGUGAGGCAGGCCUCCUCGUAGAAUUGGUAUUAAAACUUCGACCGCAGGUCUUCAGCCCUGGCGACUACAUCUGUAGAAAGGGAGAUGUGGGUAAGGAGAUGUACAUAAUUAAAGAUGGCCAGCUGGCAGUGGUGGGGGAAGAUGGAACAACCCAGUUUGCUGUUCUGACAUCAGGAAGCUGCUUUGGAGAAAUCAGCAUCCUGAACAUCAGCGGCAGCAAAAUGGGGAACCGCCGUACAGCUAAUAUUCGCAGUCUGGGGUACUCAGACCUGUUCUGCCUUUCCAAACAAGACCUGAUGGAGGCGCUUCAGGAGUUCCCCCACGCCAGGGCCCAGCUGGAGCAGAGGGGGCGGGACAUCCUGCAGAAGGAGGGGCUUCUAGAGGAAGUAAAUGUGUCUGCAGGGGAGGACCUCCAGGAGAAGGUGGAGAGGCUGGAAACCAGUCUGGAUCGGCUACAGACGUGUUUGGCCCGUCUGCAGGGAGAGUUCAACUCUUCCCAGCUUCGACUGAAACAGCGAAUCACGACCCUCGAACACCACGUCACCACAGCGAGCAAAGGCAGCGGCUUCCUGUCAGACGCCGACGGCAACGAGAGUGUUAUUGGUGGUGACUGCGUGCGCAGUGAAAUUAACAUCCGGUUCUGAAAGGCACACUGUGGAGAAAUGUUAUAAUAGCACACAGAAUCGCCUUUAACACAAAAUACUUACUGUUACUUUUUACCAUUUAAAAAAAAAAAAUGCAAUGUCUUUUGAGGUCUUUUUGAUGUUAACUGACCAUUUUUUGACACAAUUUUAUGUAAAAUGUGUAAGUAAUUUAUUUUGAAGCUGUCUAAAUGUUUAUUUACUUUUUCCAACUUUCUGCCUCCUUAAAUUUUACAGUUUUUAAAGGAGAACGAGACCAUAUCGUUGUGCAUUAAAUUCAUUAUACUAAUAAUAAUAACAAUAAUAAUAUAAUGUAUAUAUUAUUUGUGUAUCACCUUAAAUGCAACUCAAAGUACUUUAUAUACAGUAAAAUUGCAUAAAAGACGCCCACUUUGAGCUUUAUGUAGGCUCUUCAGAAACCUAUGGGUGAUGUCACGGAGACCAUGUCCAGUUUAUGGUAUAUUCGGAGACAUAACACAAUAGACUUUAUAUAAGAAUUGGAUGUUGCCACUAUUACGUCACACAUUGAUUUUACUACCUUGAAGCCUCAAGUUUGGCAUUUUUGGCCAUCGCCAUUGUGGUUUUUUGCCAUCGCCAUCUUGGUUUUUUGGAGCCAGAAGAGACCAUAUUUGAACGAGACCGCAAAGCUUAUAUAUCAGCGAGUGCUAGCUCGCUGGCUUGGUUAUUAACAAGGUGCAAAAAAAAAACCCAGCUGAUGCCUUAGAGUGUCUUUUAGUACAACCAAACGCUGAGCAAGCCAUUUUAAGGCGGCCAAUAAGUUACAUUUAUCUUUCAUUAACUGAAAACACACAGAAAGGGUGCAAGUUCUAGGAGGAAAACACCCAAACCGGACAAAAAGGUUAUCAUAAACUUGUAUUUAGUGGUCUAGUGUUGUCUAUACAUUUGAUUUGUAAAUUUUCUCAAGCGGUUCCCUUUCUUUUCACAAGUCAUCUACUGUAAUUGAAUGAAAUCUAAUUUAAUUAAAUGAAUGCAGAUAGAAAAAAAUAAAACAACGUAAGUAAUUAAAUUUUUCUACUCUUUUUCCUACUUUGCUAUCCUCCUUAUGCCCUACCCAGCCCUGAUCAUUUGUGUGUGUGUGUGUGUGUGUGUGUGAUCCUAAUGUGGCCACUGCCUGCUCUGCAGCCAUGUCAGCAAGUGAUUUGGAUCCAAAGUCCAACAUCACAUGACGGCAAGAUUUCAGGAAGUGUUUUUUUAAGGAGUGUGUAAUAUCCCUGCGUUGAAAAGACAUGGAGAUGAGCUUCGUGUUGCUGUGUGUGAUGCUGGUAGCCAGUGUUACACCUGUGUCUGCUGCAGCACAGCCAGGUAUCAUAGAGAGCCUACUAUUGGCCACCAAUGAGCGUCCCUGGCUCUGGGGGGUCUAUGUCUUCACUGUUGGACUUCCUGUCAUUCUCUUCAUUAGCUUCAUGUGGCCUGACAAGAGGUUUGGGCCCGCUGAUCAAGAGUAUUACUAUAAGAAGUCUGAUCAUCAUCAACCAGAUGAUCCUGAGCUCUCAGAGCGGACAGAGGCUGUGGAUAUCAAAGGAAAGGCGGACAGAGCUGGGACAAGGAAGAGAUGGUAACCAGAGGAAGCGUGACCUAGACCAGAAGGUUCAUUGAUCAGUGCAUCGACCUCAGGUGAGGAACGCACCACCGACACACAAGAGGAUGCUGGGCAAUCACCUCUUUAGCCAUGCAGUUGUUUUAAUUAAUGGGUACAACUACGUACACAGUGUGAACACAUCAAUGUCUGAGGACUGGGCCCAUAUUUAAAAAACUAAAAAAUAUGUUCUACUUCUGCUUCUAAGAACAUUUGGAGCUGGAAUGAAGUAUUUGGACUCCUCAGCUUGUCUUAUUGUAGAACACCAGAGGUUGAAUAACACAUUUGCUGAAUAACGCUAUUUGGUCAUGUUGUUGUGUAUGAAACUAGUGUCACCUAGUAGGCAUAAAUGUGAAUAUAAAUAAUAAUAAUAAUGAUAACAUAACCUGUCAUUUAUGGCUAAUUAAAACCUCACUUUGAAACAACCGGGUUUUGUUCUUUGGUAACACUUGACAAUAUGAUACACAAAAAUGUGAGUAGUUGCUAAGGAACGAGUUAGGAAUGAAUCAGGAAUGACCUAACAGUUAAUGCAUUAAUAAUAUCUAAUUUCUGUAUAUCUGUAGUGUUGUCCAAAAGCAGCUUCAUUAACUAUUUAUUCUAUUUUUUGACCCAACUCAAUGGCACUCUUGGUUAAUGAUUAGUUCAUAAAUACCUGUCUUUAUCUUAUACUCAACACUUCAUAAUCUUCAUAGUAAUUCUUUGUCUUAUGCUUGUCUGAUUGUUGGUCAGCUAUGUUACUAGUGUAUAUUUAAAUUAAUUUAAAUAUACUUUUCUUAUAUUUAACUUUAAUAGUAGUACUUUUACCCAAUGUAUAAUAUAUUGUAAUUCUUAUGGUGUUGUA